CUCGUAGUCGGUCUCUUUCGCCUUCUCGUCGUCGCAAGCAGCAAGGCUUCUCGUUUCUCUCGAUUUCUCGCCUGGACCAAUCGUGUCGUCAUUUUGAUUCAAAAUGGGUCACGCCGCUGUAUGGAACUCUCACCCGAAGAAAUUCGGACCCGGAUCCCGCACAUGCCGGGUCUGCGGUAACGGACAUGGUUUGAUCCGAAAGUACGGAAUCAACACUUGCCGACAAUGUUUCCGCAUCUACGCCAAGGACAUCGGAUUCGUGAAGUACCGUUAAAUACACGCAAUGUGUAUUUCUCAUCCUCAAAUUUUCCAUGGACGAAUUAGCAUUGAAGUGAACGUACCACUCGGAUGAAUCAGAUAGCUCAGGGAUUGCUAGAAUCUCUGGGUUGUAAUUGAGAGUCCUUUCUGUAAUUCAUACUCAGUUGAGUACAGCUGAUUUUCACAACCAUUUUCCCUUUUGGUUUCAUUCAGUGAAUAUAUCUAUAGCAAAAAAACUGGCCUAAGGUUUUAUCUCAUCUCACAUGUGCGUGCAUUAUUUCGGAUUGCCGUUGAGACCUGGUGAUGUAAGGCGUGCUCUAUAAUUUUGUGUCGAUCUUGAUACCAAAUGAACCAAGGACAAGUGAACAUGAAAGCUAUGAAAUUCGUGGAUCUCAGUGCAUGGUAGGACUCAAAGCUCCAUUUGCAAGCCGAAGAGUCUUGUGUACGAAGCAAGUGUCUUGUAGUAACUCUUUCUGUUCAAUUUGAGAGUGUGAGAAUGUGGGUUAAUUACUGAGGUUUGGAAUUUGGGCCGGGGGUAAUCGCCUAGGCUGUGUGUCGAUGGAUAGUAUUACCGCGGACGAUGACUUUCUGUCGACAGUCAUCUAGUUUUUCUUGUUUAACAUGGUUUAUGAA